AUCUGCCGCCGCCACCUCUCCCUCGCGCCGCCACCAGCACCACUCCUUCCGAGCGCGUGCCGCCCAUCAUCCCUCCUCUCCUCCUAUCUCGCCGCCCAUUCAUCCGAGCCCGACGACGCCAGAUCCGCGCGCAGCCCAUCGUUCCGCACCUCCCGCAGCAGAUCCAGGGCACUGCCGAACCUCACUGCCGACAGAUGCACCGCCGCCCUGCAGCCUUGGCGUCGCGGCCGGCUGGCUCGCCGGCGCGCGCGUGCUUCGAUGCACGCCGCUCCGUCCAGCUGGAUCCUCGGACGGCCCCCGUCCACCUCGCGCUGUAGGGAGGGGUCCAUCGUCUCCUCGGAGGAGGGGGCGGCCAUGUUUGUUGUACUCCACCCUAGCAGUCGAUCCCGGUCGUUGCUGCUUCACCAGCCUCCUCCUCUGGCAUCUCCGCAAGGGCACCCGACGCCAGGCAGGCCGUCGACGCGCUGGACCUCAAGGCCGGUUGUGCUGCUCCUUCUGCCAGCGUCCUUCCUCGACAACGUCCCCGACCUGCAUCCAGCUGCUCCUUCCCCAGCCCUCCUCAACUUCGCUCCUGGUGAGCUUCUGUAGUUCAUCCAGAAGAAAAAGGAGAACGGGCAACAUGGAGAAAGAUGCGGUGCUGGUGUGCAUGGUCCUGGGCUUUCUGGGCUCCGUCGCGGUCACCCUCGGCUUCGUCGCCAACAACUACAGCUCCAAGUCCGUGCAGUACAACGGGACGAACUGCGUGUACCGGAGCCCGUCGGCGACGGGUCUCGGCAUCCUGGGGGUGUUCCUGGUGUUCAUCAACCAGGUCAUCCUCGCCACCUAUGCCAGCAGCUGGUGCCUCUGCCUGUUUUGCUGCUGCCCCUGCUGGACCAAGCGCCGCUGGCUGGCGCCAACAUCGUCCAAGUGGAACCCACAUAAAGAUCUAUGUGAGCCCUCCUGGAUGGGGCUUCUGUUGGACCUCUGAUUGAGCUCCCCAUAGACUUUGACCCAAGACCCGACGAGGCCAUGAAUCUUACCUUGCUCGAGCGCAUCAACCCCGACCAUGGCACCACAUUCACAGUCUUGAGGUAGCUGUGCUGCAACUACAUCAACGCUAUCUUCUCUGACUAGAUAAGUCUCCGGUCUAUCCCAUUAUUUUCUUUUGUUCUUUGGUCGAUGGGCCAUGAUGCCAUUGUGUUGAUUCCCUAUGUGAUGCAGAAGCUAUGGUGUUUUGUUUUAAGUCUGUUGUAAAUUGUAAUUGAUAAUGAUUUGUGUAAAAUUAGUGUAGAACAUAUGUCUUGUUAUCUUAAAUCGUUCGUGUCGUGCUCAAUGAACCAUCAAAGAUUAAAUCGUUUUCUGCGUUCAACAUCUAGAACCAUUCUGGGAGUUUUGGUAUACAUGCAACAACUAUGCCUUCUUGUAUUCUGAACAACCAUUUCUGGAAGUUUUGGUAUUCAUGCAACAGCUAGUCCUUGUGGUUAUUAUGGUUACAUGUUACAUGUAGAGAUGGUUCAUAAUUUAGUCCCUAGCUGCUUUCUAUAUUUGUUUUUAUUUUGUUUCUAACUCUUUUGGUUAAUUGUUAGAUGCCUUUGUUCAGCCUGUACGGACAUAUCCAGAAAUGGUGUUUCCUCUCAUGUAAAGAGCUCCAGCUUGAAAGUGAAGAAGACUGGAGUGUAUUUGUAGUAGGUUUAUAUGUUGUGAUGGUAUCACAUGUAAUGGUGAAAUGAAUUAUGUAAAGAUUGUGCUAUUGCCAAUAUUGGCAUGUGGUUUGAUAAUUCUCAUUUGUUUGCUGUUUUGACUGAAA